UCUCCGCACGGUGGCAAGCAUGCAGCGGCAAGAGGAGUCCGGCGAGGACAUCGUGAUCGUGGGCGCCGGGAUCGCCGGCCUCGCCGCCGCACUCGGGCUACACAGGAAAGGGGUGAGGAGCGUGGUGCUGGAGUCGUCCCCGGCGCUCCGGGCGUCCGGGUUCGCCUUGGCCACGUGGCCCAACGCCUUCCGCGCGCUCGACGCCCUCGGCGUCGGCGACCAGAUCAGGAAGCUCCACCUGCGUAUCGAAGAGCUGCGCGUCAUGUCGGCGUCCACGGGAGAGAUAUCAAAGGAAGUGGACUUCAGAGACGAGUUCUGCUGCAUCAGGCGCGACGUGCUGCUGCACGUCCUGGCGUCGGAGCUGCCGACGGGCACCAUCCGCUACUCCUCCAAGAUCGUAUCCAUCGACGAGCACUUCGACGGCGCCAAGAUCCUCCACCUCGCCGACGGCUCGACUCUCCGGGCAAAGGUGCUGGUAGGCUGCGACGGGAUCAACUCCGUGGUGGCCAGAUGGCUGGGGCUCGCCAAGCCGUCGCACUCCGGGCGCUCCGCCACGCGGGGCUUCGCGCUUUAUCCCGACGGCCACGGCCUCCCGCCCAAGUUCCUGCAGUUCUUUGGCCACGGCUUCCGCUUCGGCUUCAUGCCCUGCAACGAUACCGACGUCUACUGGUUCUACACAUGGUCUACCUCCACAGACGAUCAUGGUCUCGACGAGAGCCGCGCCAAGAUGAAGCAGAACGUGCUGACGAAGCUGAGGAGCUCCAAGGUGCCUGCGGAGGCGCUGGAAUUGGUGGAGAGGACCGAGGAUGCGCCCGUCGUGCCGCUGCGGUUCCGGCCCCCGCUCUCGCUCUUGUUCGCGGGCAUCAGCAAGGGGAACGUGUGCGUGGCCGGCGACGCGCUGCACCCAAUGACGCCGGACCUGGGGCAGGGCGGCUGCGCGGCGUUGGAGGACGGCGUCGUCCUGGCCAGAUGCCUUGGCGAGGCCAUCCUCGCUGGCGAUGGCGACGGAGCGACUGGCGGCAGUGAGAAGGAGAGGAUCGACUCGUGCCUGCGCAGGUACGUCGGGAUACGCCGAUGGAGGAGCAUCGAGCUCAUCGGAACCGCCUAUAUCGUCGGCUUCUUCCAGCAGAGUAAUAACAGGAUCAUCAGCUUUCUGCGGGAGAAGGUGCUGGCUGGAGUUCUCGUCGGAAGGCUCGUGAAAAUGUCCGACCAUGACUGCGGAACGCUGUCAAGCUAG